GUCAGCUGCGACUGCCCCCGGGGCUCUCGGCGGCCAGCAUGGAAGCAGGCGCGCCCGCAGCUGGCCACCGCGAGCUCCACCAUGCCGCGUUCAUGCCACCGCAGAAGGUGCACGGCUUCGACCUGCAGCUCGUCGCGGGGCCCCUCGUCGACGCCCUGGGUCACGCCGCGGCGACCAGGUGGGAGGACAUGCCCGGCCCUGCCAAGCUCCUGCCGCGGAGCGGCAGCGCCGCGGAGGCGCCGCGCGCCUGCCUGGGCGUGCAGCUCCUGGCCCCUGCCCCGCGCCAAGGCUGGCCGCCGAGGGGCCGUGGUGCCACGGGCGCCGGGGGCGCGCCGCCGAUGGCCCGGCAGAGCGCCGCCGGGCAGCCCUCCGCCGCUGCACCGACCUCGCGGGCGGGCUGGCCCCAGAUCGCGGCGCCUUCCCCUUCGGAGGCCGAAGGCGGGCACGGCGAGGAAGCCGCGAGCGAGAAGGCGGCCAGGGAUAACGCCAACUGGUGGCCAUCUGACACCGGCUCCAUGGGGGGCAAUCUGCGGGCGCUGCAGAGCGAGGACCCCCAGUGCGUGCUGCUUGCCCGCCGGUGCAACGCGCUGGGCUUCCAGUCGGAGGAGGCGCUGACGUCGCACUGCUCGAAGUUCGGGCGGGUCAGGAGGGUGCUGGUCGCCCACUCCAAGGUGAAGGCCCGAGGCGCUGGCUCGGCAGCGUGCCCGGCGAUCCAGAGGCUCCGGCCUGGCAGCAUCGCGUUCAUCGCCAUGGCGGACGCCGAGAGCGCCGAGCGCAUCCUGAGGGAGGGCGGCGAGCAGACCGUGGCUGGGGCGCGCAUCAGCCUGGAGCCGUUCCGGGUGCGGCCCCCGGGGUCGCCCAGCGCGGGCCCGAGCGAGCGUGGCGCUGGGCCGGCUGCGGGUUGCCACGAGCAAGGAGCCCGCGGGCCUCCUUAG